UUACAGCAAGUGUAAAACAUUCGUGAGUUGUCAAUUUUAUAACCGUGAAAAAUUUGUUUGUUGCCGCAUUUUGCUAAUUAAAUCAUUAAUUAAUCCGCCAACUGUAAAGUUAUGAAGAUGAAUAUCACUUCAGCAGCCGGGAUAAUCUCUUUGCUAGAGGAGCCAAUGCCAGAACUAAAAGUCUUUGCAUUGAAAAAGUUGGACAUGAUCGUCGACGAGUUCUGGCCCGAAAUAUCUGAAGCCAUCGAAAAGAUAGAAAUCCUCCAUGAGGACAAGACGUUCAAUCAGCAUGAACUGGCAGCGCUGGUUGCCAGCAAAGUCUACUACCAUCUUGGGAGUUUCGAGGACUCGUUGACGUACGCGUUGGGGGCAGGAGAACUGUUUGACGUGAACGCGCGCAACGAGUACGUGGACACGACGAUCGCCAAGUGCAUCGACUUCUACACGCAGCAGCGUCAGCUCGAAGCCGAGGGAAAGUUGCCGGCUAAUGCUAAGGCCGUUGAUCCGCGAUUGGAGGGAAUAGUGAACCGGAUGUUCCAGCGCUGUCUGGAUGACAACCAGUACCGGCAAGCUCUGGGUCUUGCACUGGAGACCCGACGCAUGGACAUCUUCGAGGCCUCGAUCAUGCAAUCGGACGAUGUCGCGGGAAUGCUUUCAUACGCGUUCCAAGUCGCGAUGAGCCUGAUCCAGAACCGUGGGUUCCGCAACACGGUCCUGCGCUGUCUGGUAAAUCUUUAUCGUAACCUGGGGACUCCUGACUACGUCAACAUGUGUCAGUGCUUGAUUUUCCUUGACGAUCCUCUCGCCGUUGCGGAGCUACUGGACCGGCUGAGCAGAGGAACCCAAGAGUGCGUACUGAUGUCCUACCAGAUAGCUUUCGAUCUCUACGAAUCAGCCACGCAGCAGUUUUUGGGUCGAGUUCUCCAAGCGCUUCGUGCAACUGCGCCUAUUCCUAGUGCUCUGAUGGUCAAGCCUAUCGUCAAACCAACGAAAGCUGCUGAAACACCCGCUGCCAGCUCCGAUGCCUCUACUUCUGGAACUUCUAAAGAUGCCGAGACUCCUGCAGUAGAAGAGCCAGCUGUCGAAGAAAAAUCCGAGAGGAGCGUUGAGAGUCUGACGAAGGAAGAGCGCGAGCAGCAGGAACGCGUCGACGCUCUGUCGAGCAUCCUGGGAGGAGAAGUUUCCAUAGACCUGCACCUCCAGUUCCUCAUCAGGAGCAACCACACCGACAUGCUGAUUCUCAAGAACACCAAGGACGCGAUCAGAGUUUCCAUUUGUCACACGGCGACGGUGAUCGCCAACGCGUUCAUGCACUCAGGUACCACCAGCGACCAGUUCCUGAGAGACAACCUCGACUGGUUGGCCAGGGCCACUAACUGGGCCAAGUUGACUGCCACUGCCUCCCUUGGUGUCAUUCAUCGUGGCCACGAGCAAGAGGCUCUAGCUUUAAUGCAGUCCUACUUACCGAGGGACCAAGGAGCCGGUGCUGGAUAUUCCGAAGGAGGUGGACUCUACGCUCUGGGACUUAUUCACGCAAAUCAUGGUGCGACCAUCACUGAUUAUUUACUUGGACAGCUCAAGGAUGCACAGAACGAGAUGGUCCGUCAUGGAGGAUGUCUAGGUCUGGGUCUUGCCGCGAUGGGAUCUCACCGUCAGGACGUUUACGAGCAGCUGAAGUUCAAUUUGUACCAAGACGACGCAGUGACUGGAGAAGCCGCCGGUAUCUCGAUGGGAAUGGUGAUGUUGGGUUCGAAAUCUACUCAAGCGAUCGAAGACAUGGUUGCUUACGCCCAAGAAACUCAGCACGAAAAAAUCCUCCGAGGACUGGCAGUAGGCAUCGCCUUCACAAUGUACGGGCGCCUGGAGGAAGCAGAUCCCCUCGUAACGUCACUCUGCGCUGACAAGGAUCCAAUUCUACGUCGAAGUGGAAUGUACACUCUGGCAAUGGCUUACUGUGGAACUGGCAAUAAUCAGGCGAUCCGCAAACUUCUUCACGUUGCUGUCUCGGAUGUUAACGACGAUGUUCGUCGUGCUGCAGUUACUGGCCUCGGUUUCCUGCUUUUCCGGACACCGGAGCAGUGCCCGAGUGUCGUUUCAUUGCUGGCAGAAAGCUACAACCCACAUGUGAGGUAUGGGGCGGCGAUGGCAUUGGGAAUAGCGUGUGCGGGUACGGGUCUCAAAGAAGCUAUUGCGUUGCUGGAUCCUAUGACCAACGACCCAGUAAACUUUGUACGUCAGGGAGCCCUGAUAGCAUCCGCUAUGAUUCUCAUUCAGCAAACCGAAGCAACUUGUCCUCGUGUCAAAGAUUUCCGUGCGCUUUAUGCCAAAGUCGUUGUCGAUAAACACGAAGACGUUAUGGCUAAAUUCGGUGCCAUUCUAGCUCAAGGAAUCAUUGAUGCAGGUGGACGUAACGUAACAGUGUCCCUACAAUCGCGUACCGGACACACAAACAUGCUGGCAGUAGUCGGGACUCUAGUAUUUACCCAAUACUGGUACUGGUUCCCUCUGACUCACGCAUUAGCGCUCGCAUUUACGCCGACUUGUGUGAUAGGUUUGAAUGCGCAACUAAAAAUGCCAAAGCUUGAAAUGCGUUCAAAUGCAAGGCCUAGUAUUUAUGCUUACCCGGCUCCACUUGAGGAAAAGAAACGCGAGGAACGCGAAAAAGUUCAAACCGCGGUGCUGAGUAUCGCCGCGAGAGCAAGACGUCGCGAGUCUGAGCGACGCGCUCGUCUCUCCCACGAAAUGAUGGAAGUCGAUCCCCCAGUGGUUGAGGGAAAAGAAGCUGAGUCUAAAGACACGCCCUCUACAUCCGCGUCUUCGUCCUCAUCGGCAGUUAAAGACGACAAGAAAAAAGAUAAAGAGGACAAAGACAAGAAAGAAAAGGAGGACAAAGACAAAGAUACUAAGGAUAACAAAAAAGCUAAAGAUGAAGAGAAAAAAGAACCCGAGCCGUCUUUUGAAAUUCUGCAAAACCCAGCCCGCGUUUUGCGUCAGCAGCUAAAGGUCAUACAGCUGGUGGAAGGCAGUCAGUAUGUUCCUGUCAAGGAUGUUCAAAUCGGGGGAAUUAUUAUGCUGAAACACAUCAAGCCGGAAACUGAGGAGGAAUUGGUUGAACCAGUUGCCGCAUUUGGUCCAAAACCGGAUGAAGAAAAAGAAGCUGACCCACCAGAGCCAUUCGAAUACACCGAGGACUAAAAAAACCAGUAGGUGAUUCCGCGCCAGGACUCCGAUAUUCGCAUAAAAAUAUAUAACCAAUUACUUAUUAUUAAUAUGAUUUAAAUUGUAAUAGUACUUUUUUUAAAUGUAUUCCAAUGGAAUAAAAUACAUUUAUUCGAAUGCA